GCGGGAGAUGCGAGAUAGUCUCUGUUUCAUGUACGGCAGCGGUGACUAGUCUUGUCUGCAAAGGGUCGGUGUGUAUGUAGGUUUUUGGGGUAACCUUUAGGUCAGCUGUUCACAGACGCGUGUGAGGACUCUUCAGCCAAUCAGUCCUCUAAUUAGACUACUAAUUAGGGAGUCGCGGCGAAAACCUGCACACACAGCGGCCCUUUCUGGGUAAGAUUGGCCAUUCCUGAGGUACGGCAACUGUUUUCGGGGGCUUUUAGUCUUAGACGCUGGAAAAACAAGCAGAAGUUCUGUACCUUUAAAUGUAACGGCCAUCGGCGUUUACUGCAAUGUAAUAAAUGAAAUGCAGCUUUAAACGGAUUGCUUGACAUCCCACGAGCGUUUGUGUUGAACUUUGUCCCUUUUGUUACACAGAAACGUCCUGACACGGUUGAGUCUAUAAAGACCACACAUUACUGGGCUUUUCCGAAGUGUCUUGACAUCGGUCUUAAAUCUCUGCUUAUUUACUGCCUCUUGCUCAGCUUCGUGUUCUGGAAGCUGCUUGCUUAUGCGGUAUUAAGAUGGCUAAAAACCAUUUUCAUGAGAGAAAAUUCACGAGGGAAUGUGUAUACCUCUGUAGUAUAUCGUAACCCAUAACACGAGAUUUGCGGACUUUUAGAAAUAUUUAUGUUUAAUAUACAAAUAAUGGACAGUCAUGCAGCAGCUUCAUUGUUGACCACACAAAGGUCGUUAAGUUCAGUUUGUUCUAUAGAAGAUAAGGGAUCAUAAGGAUGGUUAAUGCUUCUCUAACAUCGUAUAUGUGUGUUUUACUAGGAACUGACCUAAAUGCCAUUUGAUAGUUACAAAUAGAGCUUGUUUCCAAUAUAUAUAUGAAAGGUUUGGCCAUACACUACUGGAAUUAUCAAUACAGGUUUAUUUCUCUGUUCACGUGGGAAGAGGUCUUGGAAAUACGCUGGAAAAAUAAUUAUUGUGUAACUAUGGUUCUGUUUACUUCUGCUUUUAAAAUGCGGCUUGGUCAAGUGGACAACGCUAAAUACAAGUGUAAACAACCAUCAAGACACAUCGUGAUCCGAUCCCAUCCCGCAGUAGUUUGGCACGCAUUUGACCACGUGCAUUGUAGCAUAAACGACGCAUCCCUGACAGACGUCACAACCUAUCGGAAGUAGCGUAGGGAGUAAAGAAAUCUGAACGCAAGUGGUCAGCUGCACCCCUUGGAGAUGCAUGAUAGAAACGGGUAUAAAUGGCAAUGUGUCGUGACUAUCCUCUUGUAAUCUGAUUGACCAAGACCCAGUUUAAAACCAAGUAUAUACUAUACCUUUGUCUAUUCUCUCUGAGGGUAUACCCGAGUUGGACCAAUGGAUGUCCCUUUGCCUCCCAGAGAUUCCGGGCAGUUUGUUGCAGAAAGGAGUCGAGAUGUGUCCAUUGAAGAAGAAGGCGUGAGGAAGAUAGCAGAGAUGCUGUACGCAAUACGUGUGUCUCAAGGUUCUGUUCUGCAAAGCCUGAAGAUGAUGAAUACAUUAACCCCGUCUUGGAGUACAGACCAGGCUAUUCACUGGGUGUUUGUUGUGGACACCAUGAACUUCUCUUUCUGGCAUCCCAUUGGGGAGAAGCCCUGCACCAUUACCUAUCAGGGCAAAACCUACAGUGGCUACAUGGCUUUGUGUGCAGCCAUCACCAGAGCUAUGGAUGAAGACAUCCCCAUCACGGAGGCCUCAUACAUGGCCAGCGUGACUCUGGAUGAACUGAAGCAGAUCCUGCGAUCUGACAAUGAGACACCCAUGCCCAUGAUCGAAGAGAGGCACCGUGUCCUAAACGAGGCUGGGAAGGUGCUGCUGCGGUUCGGGGGCUCUGUCCGCAGCUUCAUGGCGAAAGGUGAAAAUGAUGCAAAGGAGCUCAUCAAACACACUGUGGAAAGCUUGCCAUCAUACAGAGAUGAGGUGGUGUUUGAGGGUACACAAUUGGCCUUCUAUAAAAGAGCCCAGAUCCUUGUGGCGGAUUUCUGUGUCGUCAUGGAGGCCAGAGGAGAAGCCUGCAUAGCGAACAUGCACCAUCUGACCAUGUUUGCAGACUACAGGGUCCCCCAAGCCCUUGUCCAUCUGGGGGCGCUGCAGUACUCCGAUUCCCUUAUGAGCAUGCUCAAAAAGGGGUUACAGCUUCCCUCAGGAGACAGAAGGGAAGUGGAGAUUCGAGGCUGUUCCAUUUGGUGUGUGGAGAAGAUCAGGGCCCACUUGUGGAGUCUCAUAGAAGAGAGUGAGGGGAAACCAAAUGAGGACAUUAAUUCUGCUGUUAUCGACUUCUUUCUGUGGUCAUAUGCCAAAGAGCACCAAAUGCAGAUGGCACACAUUCCCAUUCAUCUCACUCGCUGCAUUUAUUACUGACAGACGCUGGCCUGCUGUCAUAACACUGCCUUCAUUACAAACAGACCCCAGAUGGCUGCUAAGAACCUCCCCCCUAAUUCCAUGGAUUAUGAUCCAUUUGCUCUUAGAAUAAAAUGUCUGAAAAGUUGGAAA